UAUGUUAGGUAUGUUUUUAUUUAGAUUGUUUAGUGGUUUAGACUUUCGAUUAAUUGAUUUUUUCUAUUUUUAUAACAACAUCGAUAUUACCUUCUAAAGAAUAUCUACGGAUAUUAAAUUAUUUUGUGAUUUCAAUGUAUUUCAAGAUUUUAAUUGUAAAAUUUCAAGUAUUACAGCUAUGGUGAUAAAUCGUGCAGUUUUUUACUAUGUCUGCAAGAAAUUAUGUUUCGGCUAGAGAUAAAAAUUUAUGUAAAAUAAUUGAUUGUUUACCAAAUAUAAACCAACAAAAGUUUGGAUAUCGCGUGGGGCAGGAGCUACCUGCUUUGUCAGCGAACACCAGUAGUUUGCUAAAUAGAAAUUUAAAUUAUACUUUUGAUUCUUACGAUUGUACUGACAGAGCAGGAACACCAUUUUCCGACUUCUUCUCUGAGAGUGAGACAGGUACUCCAGAUCUACAUAGUGAAGAGAGUGACAGUAGUUCAGGAUCAGCAUUUCGUAGGAACACAGCAGAAGCUACAAAGACCUUAGCACUAGAGUGGGAACGGAUAGAAAGAACUCUUUAUGAUGAAGAUGGAGAGAAGUCGAUACGGCCACAGAUCAUUGAAGAAUGCAAGCAAUGGAAACAGUUGCAUCCACAACUCAGAAUUGUUGGUAAAGCUAUACCAUUACCAGAGAAAAGGUUGUGCUACAGACAAAUGGAACAUGACGAAAUCAUUGCAAUACACUACAGUGACUAUGAAGAGUUUAGUGAGAGUGAGGAACGUCUCUCCCAAAGUAGCACUGAUGUUACUCCGCAGAACUCUCCAAGAGCCUCCAUAGCUGAAGACCUAUGUGAACCGAAAUUGUCACGUGAGAAAGUGUCAUUCUUUCCAACAUAUUACAAUGAAGAGUAUGAAUUGCCUGAUUCAUUUUGCUCCCUCCUACAAAUCACACCCAUACAGAUACGGAGUCCUUCACACAGGAAGAAGCAGAAUCCUUCCAUACUGAGAUCAGAAGUAGCUUCAUCCCGCUGGAUGAGGAAUGCAAGGCCUGAAUCCUCUUUGAAUUGUGGUAGGAAUAGUGCUAAGUCGUUUGUUUCAUUGGAUAUGAGAAAUUAUAAUGGGAAUGUAGCUCUUAGUGCAUCAGAUCGUAACAAAUUGUAUAAUAACAGAGUUGUUACGGCGAAGCAUAGGGAUUUUACAAGGUUAGAGCCGUUAUGUUCACCAGAAUUGCAACAGAAUGAAACAUCAAAGUUGGCUAAUGGUAUGCCACAGCAGUAUAGCAUUAGGAAAGUAUCACUGCCACCUCUCCUUUUAGAGGAGGAGAGGAAGAAAGUUAUGGUCCAUUCAGCUAAAAAGCACAAUGUUAAUGCCAGAAAAAGUGUGUCAAAGUUUUAUCAGUUGGAUAGAGUCAAACAUAGCUAAUGUUUGUUUUCUAAAUUAGUGAUUAGGAAUAUUGAUGUUUGUAAAUAAUGUUUGUGACUGCACAUUCCAUUUUAAUAAUGUAAAGAUGUAAGGUAAUAUCUAUUAGUGUUUCAUUAUUAAUUUAUUUAUUUACUCUUUGUUGCAUCACUUAAAGAAUAAUACAAAGAUAAAUAUAUAUUACACUUAUGAAGUACAAAAGGCGGUGUUAUCGCUAAAGCAAUUGUUCAAAUACAAAAUUGGUAAAUACUAGAACAAAAAGUAUAGAUGGAUCUCUAUGAAUAAAAAAAAAUCAUUCAUAGAAGAUAUUUAUUUAUAUCGACUUCAAAAAUAAGAAAAAUUUUAAAUCAGCUGUUUUAUUUUAGUAAUUUUUGUUACCUCAUAACUCUGUUAGUUGUAAACCGAUUUGGCAAAUUAUUUUUAAUCUGAAAAAUUUACAAAUUAGUAAUAUAUAUAUGUAUGAUGUUGUAAUUACAUAUUUCGUUAUUUGAAGUAACAGUAAUUUUUUGUUAUAUAUAGCAAUAGGUUUAAAAAAUAUAUAUAAAAUAUUCUGAAAAGUUUGUGGGACCUUUUGUUUAUAAUUUUUUGUUAAUCUGAGUUCUAGUCUUUGCUAUUGCCUAGUCAUUAGUAGAAUAAUUAAGAACAUAAUUUUAAUUGUUUAGGUAUGUCUGAUUUUCUUUCUUAUUUAAUCCUAGUUCUUUUAUUUAGUAUUUAGUGGUAAAUAGAAGAGUAUGUUGUGAAAUAUGCACAGUUUCUAAUUUUUAAAAUAAAUAAUUGUAAAUUUUAAACUAUGCUGCAAAUAGAAUGAAAGAAUUAUAUUUUAUCAAUGAAACGAUCUUUUUUUAAUUACCAUAUUACAUUGACGUACAUAUUACAUGUAGAGAACGAGGGUUGAAAAAAAAAAAUAAACUGUUCAAAUACAAAUACAGAAUUUAUUUUGAUAUUUACAUUAUUUGCAUUUUAUUAACAAUCAACAUCAACAAUAUUAAAUAAUUUGUUCUCGUGGUGUGAUACAUUUUGAACAGUCGGGUAAUAUUACAUUUCCCGCCUUGCGCGGCCAUUUUUUGUUGCCACCUGCACAAGAUACACUGAUAAUGUAAUAUUACUUCAAAUACAAAUGGUGGUUAAUCUGCCAAUGGUAACUAGAAAGCAGUGAAAUAUGGGGUUGAGAAAUUUGAGCAACUGCGGAGAAAGCUGUGAGCUUGAUUUUUAGGUUGCCAUAUGUAAAAUUUAAUUGUUUAUAUUUUACAGUAUUAUUUUGAGUUAUAAAAAAAUUGCGAACACGUACACGUUAUUAAAAGUAUUGAUUUAAUAUUUUUGGAUAUUGUUUUGAAGCUGUUAAAUUUAACAUAUAUUUUCGUAUGGCAACCU